CACGAAAUGGAUCUUCGAUGGCGUCCCAUCAGUAAGGCUUUUCACACUGCCCUCCGAAUCCAUGAUCGCGCCAUCCUUGUCGGUCCUCCAGAAACGCCGCGAGAUCACGUGAUCGCUGCUGCCAAGGCAAUGCGAACUGGAAAUUGGAAAGCUUGUCUCGAUCUUAUAAUCAACGAUAAGAUGGAUGCAAAGGUUUGA